AUGCAUUCUUGCAUUGAGAGGAUUAUGAUAAUAUGGAGCUUGUGUUUCCUGUUCUCCCUUUCUGAUUUAAUACUUGUUUUUGCUUCUUCUGCUAAGCAUUUGUGUCCUCCAGACCAAAGAGAUGCUCUUUGGGAGUUCAAGACUGAAUUCUCUGUCCAAGAGUUAGAUUCCUAUUGGUGGGAGUCUGAUUUGAAGACAGAGAGGUGGAGGAACAACACUGACUGUUGUUCUUGGGAUGGUAUCUCUUGUGAUUCAAAAACAGGUAAGGUGGUAGAGUUAGACCUGUGGGGCAGUUCUCUCAACGGCCCUUUGAGAUCUACUAGUAGCCUUUUAAGACUACAACACCUUCAGAGUCUUAAUCUUAGCACCAAUAACCUUCCGGGCAUUCUACCAGAUGCCAUCAGUAACCUCAAAUAUUUAAGGGUGUUGAAGCUUCGCUACUGCAACUUCUUUGGAAAAAUUCCUUCUUCACUCGGAAAUAUUUCUUAUCUCUCUGAUCUUGAUCUUUCUAUUAAUCAAUUCUCCGGAGAGCUACCAGAUUCAAUGGGCAACCUAAACCGACUAUCAGAUUUGCAACUUAGAUAUAACAAUCUUGGUGGGAACUUUCCUGCUGUGCUACUCAAUCUGAGCUCACUCACUGACAUCAGACUUAGUUACAACAAGUUUAAAGCCUCACCCGUCUGGAAUCUUUAG